AUGGCCAAGGAGGUGGUAAACUUGAUCAGGAAGUCAAAGGAAGCGUAUAUCAGUUUUGAGAAGGUGGCAUCAGACGGGAUUUAUGAGGAAUAUAAAGAUGAGAACAAAUCAAUCUAUAGGCGUGGGGCAAGAAGAUGGCGGAAGCUCUACCGUGUGAAUGGCCAUCUAUUCCAGGCCAAACGAUUUAACAGAAAGGCCUACUGUGGAUACUGCAGUGAAAGGAUAUGGGGUCUCGGCAGGCAAGGUUACAAGUGUAUCAACUGCAAGUUGUUGGUCCAUAAACGCUGCCACAGACUUGUUCCUUUGACCUGCCAAAGGCACAUGGAUCCGGUCAUGCCCUCUCCGGAACCUCCAAUUGAAGGCAAGACUGAUGAAGUUGACAUACCUUCAGAAGACCCCGAUGGAAUUGUUCCAUUCUUGCCACACAGUCGGACGAAAUUGGACAAGGUCACAGAUGAUUCAGAGGACCUCAAGCCAGUCGUUGAUGGUGUUGAUGGAAUCAAGAUUUCUUCAGUGCUGGGUUUACAAGAUUUUGAUCUUAUACGUGUCAUUGGACGAGGCAGUUAUGCUAAAGUUCUUCUUGUGCGUUUGAAGAAAAAUGACUGUAUUUAUGCAAUGAAAGUUGUAAAGAAGGAACUGGUCCACGACGAUGAGGAUAUUGACUGGGUACAGACAGAAAAACAUGUGUUUGAACAGGCCUCCAGUAACCCAUUUCUUGUUGGUCUUCAUUCUUGUUUCCAAACAGAAAGCAGGUUGUUUUUGGUUAUAGAAUAUGUCAACGGUGGCGACCUCAUGUUUCAUAUGCAACGUCAAAGGAAGCUUCCCGAAGAACAUGCCAGAUUUUAUGCCGCUGAAAUUUGUAUUGCUCUUAACUUCCUUCAUGACAAAGGAAUCAUAUACAGGGACUUGAAACUGGACAAUGUUCUCCUGGAUUCUGAUGGCCACAUCAAAUUAACCGAUUAUGGAAUGUGCAAGGAAGGACUUGGGCCUGGUGACACGACCAGCACUUUCUGCGGCACACCCAAUUACAUAGCACCUGAAAUACUGAGAGGAGAAGAGUAUGGCUUCAGUGUGGACUGGUGGGCACUUGGCGUGCUGAUGUUUGAAAUGAUGGCGGGAAGAUCACCAUUUGACAUCAUCACUGACAAUCCAGACAUGAACACAGAAGAUUACCUGUUUCAAGUCAUUCUGGAGAAGCCCAUUCGAAUCCCUAGAUCACUUUCUGUAAAAGCAGCCAGUGUCCUGAAAGGAUUUCUAAAUAAGGACCCUAAAGAGCGGCUUGGGUGUCAAUCGCAAACUGGAUUUGCUGACAUUCAGACUCAUACCUUUUUCCGCAGAAUAGACUGGGAUUUGUUGGAAAAGAAACAAGUGACUCCUCCCUUUAAGCCACAAAUUACCGAUGAUUAUGGGUUGGAAAACUUUGACACUCAGUUUACAAGUGAACCUGUGCAGCUCACACCGGAUGAUGCAGAUGUAAUAAAAAGAAUUGACCAGUCAGAAUUUGAGGGAUUUGAAUAUAUUAACCCUUUGCUGAUGUCAUCAGAGGAGACCAUAUGAACAUUUGCAUUUGAAGGUGGAACUGUUUUACCGCAUUUGUCAAGGUCAGCUUCAGUGAACUUCGGACUCAAUUUUGACUUCUCAAGUUGGUGAUUUUUUUCUAGCCUACCUGCAUGCAAGGUUGUGGAUCUGGUGCAAGUUUUCCAAGAGUGCUGCAAACAUUGGUGACUGCUGCUCGAGCAACACAAAUUAAGGUUGUUUUAAUAGUCGUGUCCCAUCAACAGCCACAGUUUCUUCUUAUUAACUGGACGUUGAUUCAACUGGCAUUUUGUUAAUGAAGGGAAGACUGCCUGACCCGUGCCUGCUACCGUGAAGGAAUACUUCUUGUUCUCUCAACAUAAGGAAAUAUAUGAUGGUUUCUAUGAAGGAACUUGGAGACGCUGCACUUUCUCUCUCUCUCUCUCUCUCUCUCUCUCUCUCUCUCUCUCUCUCUCUCUCUCUCUCU